GGCUUUCCCAGAGCAGGAUGUUUACACGACUCCCGUGUACUUCUCCUCCGACUGGCUCAACGAGUACUGGGAUGCUGUGGCUGUGGACGACUAUAGGUUUGUCUACAUGGGACCCAAGGGCUCCUGGACACCGUUCCAUGCCGACGUGUUCCGCUCCUACAGCUGGUCAGCAAACAUCUGUGGCAGGAAGAAGUGGCUGCUGUAUCCAGCAGGACAGGAGGAAUUCCUGAAGGACAGACAUGGCAACCUACCCUUCGACGUGACUGCCCCCAGCCUGCAGGACAGGAGGGUGUACCCUCGCUACAGCCAAAGCCAACCCCCCGUGGAGAUUGUUCAGGAAGCAGGAGAGAUUGUCUUCAUUCCCAGUGGAUGGCACCACCAGGUUUACAACCUGGAGGACACCAUCUCAAUCAACCACAACUGGGUGAACGGCUGCAAUGUGGCCAUCAUGUGGUGCUUCCUGCAGGAUGAACUGGCAGCUGUCCAGAGGGAGAUCAACCAGUGGAAGGAUCCUAUGGAUGAUUGGCACCUCCAGUGCCAGCUGAUCAUGAAGUCCUGCACGGGCAUCGACUACAAGGAGUUCUACAACUUCCUCAAAGUCAUUGCAGAGAACAGGAUUUCUGUCUUGGAGAAGGGCCUGGAUGAGGAGGCCUUGGCCAAGAACACUUCCAAGGCUGCCAUUUCCACCCUGGGAAUGCUCCACGCCGUGUUCGACCUCAAGAGGACGGUGAAGGUCCUGACGUCGCUGAGCGCCAACGAGGAUUUCAAGAAGCUGGAUCUGACCUCCCUCUCCCCCCCUCCUGAGGCUUUGCUGCACCACCUCAAAGCUGCCAUAGACACAGCCCUGCUCUGACUUCCCAUUUUCCCUCGGUUCUUUGGGUAAACCAACCUUUUCCAAAGGCUUUGGAGAAGGUUCCUCCUUCCCCGGUCACCGGCUGAAGCACAAAGAGCUUCCCUACGUUCACUUGGGAGUCAUUGGAUGGAGGAGGGGGGAAAAAACGAUCCCAGAUAAAGGAAAAAAAAACCCCAAAUCUUGGCAGGAUUUUCUUCCCAGUCAGGGAAGGGGGACAGAAGUUCCCUGUGGAUAACCAAAUUCCCUGUGCUUCCAAGAGCAAAGCUGCACUCCAGCUCUGCUUUGUCUCCUCACAGCUCCAUGAUUUGAAGGCUUCCAGGUGCAGCUCAGCUUGUCUUUUCCUUCUUUUCUUUUUUUUAGGGAAUUUGAGCUAGUUUGCUCCCUUGGAAGCCUGAGCUGGAGCCUGGAAGUGCUGGCUCUACUUGUGUCCUCCAGAGCUGGAAUUCUCAGGUGGAAUCAGCCCUCCAACGGCUCCAGGGUUAAAUUUAACAUCCUAAUUAAGACACUGGAGCCCUGAUUGCAAUUAGAGCACUAUUAAUUAAGCAUGUGACCCCCCCCACACCCCUUUUCCCCCAAGCUGCAAAGGAGGAAUUGGAAUGCACUCCCACAUUCCCACCCACAAUUCCAAGGCACAGCAGGGAUUUCUUUGAUCAGGGAAGUCAGCCAGGAGCCUCCUCUCAGCUGCUCCACUGUGGUGGGCACACACCAACCAAGCCCUUUGCAUGGUUCCAACAGCACAAUUCCCAACUGGAAUGCCCAAAUAUUCCCGGGGAAACCUCCCUCUUGCUCUUCCAGAGAAGCACAAAUGGCUGCACACUGUUACCACUUUAGGGCUCACUUGAAUUCUUGCUCAAGAACUUCCUCAGUUUUGUUCCCCCUCCCAGGAAAAGCAGCUACAAACUGUAUUUUUAGGAAGUGCAACAGCAGAAACCCAGAGUAGGCUGAGAAUUCCCUCGUUUUCUAGAUAAUUCCAUGGGUUUGUACUCGCAUGCACUUUUUGCAUGUCCUUUUUCUAGUAGAAAAAGAAAAAAAAAUCUGCAUUUUCGAGUAGCAAGUGGUACCUGGAAUGAAAAACUCCUCACCCAGAGCAUGGAAAAAACGUGGAGAAAACAGCAUUUUUUAUUUUUAUUUUGGAUCAAACCAUCCCAGUGCUCCAACCUUCUGGAAAAGCACCAGUUUUAAGCAGCUCCACAAUUCCAAUUUCACAGCCUGGUCCUUGGGGCUCUUUCCAUUCUCCAAAACUCAAGCUGGAGUUUUCCUCCUUUUUAACGAAGAAAGGGACGUUUCCUAAAGGUGAGGGACAAAGAUUCCCAGCUGCCAAUCCUGGUUUUUGGUAGGAAAAGCACGUUUUUGGGCCUUGCAUUCCUGCAUGUUGUGACACUGGUGGUUAAAACCACGUAAAAAUGAGAUUUAUGGAUCCAGAUUUGGCACUUCCAAUCCCUUCAUUCCCAAGAAUGAGCACUAAAAAUCAACGAAUCCAAGCAAAUUCCCAAAUGCUGGAAGGCAGCAAAGAGAUUGGGAUAAGGAGGAGGCAAGCCUGGAAUCUCCCUUCAAAUUUCCAACCAGCUUUAUUUAAAUACAUCCAAGUAGGAGACUCUCAUCCCAAUAUAUUAAUUCUUGUAAUCAGUGUUAUUAUUUAUUAAAGCAUCAAUCCAUGUGAGAAA